CCCUCCCUCCUCCCCCCCCCCCCCCCCCCCCCCCCCCCCCCCCCCCCCCCCCCCCCGCUUUUUUUUUUUUUUUUUUUUGACGUGCGCGAUAACCGAAGGCGAGACGACGACAACGAUGUUUGGGACCUUGUGCCUGUUGGCGCCGCUUCUGUGGGGACUGCGCGGCUGCUGCUGCUGGGGCUCGUACGUGCCGUGCGAGACGUGCGACGACAAGGCCAAGUCCAUGUGCCCGCCGAUCCCGAGCGGCUGCCAGCUGGUCAAGGAGCCGGGCUGCGGCUGCUGCCUGACCUGCGCGCUGAGCGAGGGCCACGCGUGCGGCGUGUACACGGGGACGUGCGCGCAGGGUCUCCGAUGCCUGCCGCGCAGCGGCGAAGAGAAGCCCCUGCACGCCCUCCUCCACGGCCGCGGAGCGUGCAGCAACGAGAAGGGAUACAAACCCGCGCACCAGCCCCUAGGUAAGAGAAGCGCGCAGCGCGUGCGCGCACUCGGUGAGACGAUGGAGGGCGUCGCGCGCCUGCCUGCGCACCUGCGUACUUGCCUGCUUUUGCCUUGCCUGUGUGCGUUUUUGGCACUGCGAGGAUGUCUUCCUACCUCAUUUCAUGUGGCGCGCUCACGCCGCGGGGGGACGACGUAAAGCCGCCCGGACCCUCCUGUUGUAUUGCGCGUCAAAGUGGACCCGUGUUCUAGUGAAAGACACCCAACGCAGCCGAACGAUGACUGGCGAAUGACGUUUACUGGCGGUUGUCCAAUUUGAGCCGCCCCCGGUCAGAGGGAGCAAGUCAAAUACAAUGAAGUGGUCGUCGGCGCAACGGAAACGCUCACUUAUUUGCAUUGGCAACGACACACCGACGAUGUUUGGGGGCAUUUCCCCCAAUGGAAAUCCCGCGGAAUCCAAUCAGUGCGCCAUCAACACAAACGCUGACAUAUUUGGACCGAAACGCUUUCUUGACGAGUUACUGGCAUCCGUCCGACGCAACCUGUCCCGUGUCAAAUUCAUUUGGAGACUCGGAUCCUCCAUCACAACUGGAGCUGCAAAAUAGCCGGCUGCCUCCUGAAAUGACGAGACGCAAACUGUGUUCGCUGGCAUGUUUACAAUUGACUCAGGAAUAAUUAUCCAAUUUUCUCCACCAACAAGAGCCCAGAUGGUCAUCAAAUC